CAAAGGCAGCCGUCCCCCGGAUCCCGCUUCAGAUCAGCAUCCCGCUCCCAUUGCAUCCCCGCGGAAAGUGACCCAAACUGCCCCGGAAGAAAACUCCUUUCCUAGCGUUAGGGAAACUUUCCUUGGGCACGCGCCAGCGGGCUUCCCUUGCCAAAAAAAGACGCUGGCUGCCCCAUGUCUUGGCACGACCUCUUCGUCCGGGAGUCGCUGCAGACGUACCUUUGCAAGCGCCUUCCAGAACGCAGACGCGGCCGAGGAAGUCGAUCGCUUUUCGCUUGCCCGCGCUUGGCGCCUCGCUGUGCUGCAGGCUCCCAAGCCCGUCGCACGUGCUCCGCAAUGGAGGCCCUGCAGCUGGAUUUGCAGUCUUACCAGAACGGCGAUUUGCAUUCCAGCCUCCUCCUCAAAAGUCUGAGCGAGCUGUCGAGCAGCAGCGAGACGGGGAGGCAGGCUGUGAAGCACCAGCGCCUGCCGUCGGACAGGUGCACUCGCGAGCGAGAAGCCGACGAGGAAGAGAGGCUGCCCGCUCUGGAGGUUGCCUACGCCACCAUCCUGGAGGGGGUGGGUGAGGAUCCAGCUAGGCAAGGGCUGUUGGUCACGUCCCGCAGGGCUGCCAAGGCCAUGCAGUUUUUCACCAAAGGCUACCGCGAAACCGUCGGAGGUGUCCGCUAACCCCGUCUCCAGCACGGAUGAAAAGUCCUGUCAGUCUCGCUUCUCGCAGUUUCUCACUUUUUCCAGGCUUAAAUAGAGUUCACAUUUCCGCAAGUUUGUGGUUUUUUUUUAAUCCUCAUGAAAAUUCUGCAACAUUUCAGUGUGAAUGUCUCCUGUUGUUGUUAUGUGUCUUCAAGUCGAUUAUGACUUAUGACGACCCUAUGAAUCAGCGACCUCCAAUAGCAUCUGUCAUGAACUACCCUGUUCAGAUCUUGUAAGCUUUCUUUAUGGAAUCAAUCCAUCUCUUGUUUGGUCUUCCUCUUUUUCUACUCCCUUCUGUUUUCCCCAGCAUUAUUGUCUUUUCUAGUGAAUUGUAUCUUCUCAUUAUGUGGCCAAAGUAUGAUAACCUCAGUUUCAUAAUUUCAGCUUCUAGUGAUAGUUCUGGUUUAAUUUGUUCUAACACCAUCUUUUUCGCAGAGCAUGAUACCUGCAAAGCUCUCCUCCAACACCACAUUUCAAAUGAGUUGAUUUUUCUCUUACCUUCUUUUUUCACUGUCCAACUUUCACAUCCAUACAUAGAGAUCAGGAAUACCAUGGUUUGAAUAAUCCUGACUUUAGUGCUCUGUGUUACAUCUUUGCGUUUGAGGACCAAACACAUUUUUGAAUGCAGUUUUGACUCAAGUGCCCAUUUUUGCAAGCAUUUUCUCUUGAAAGAAUGCUUUUUUGUAUGUUAAUUUCAUGUAUAUUCAAGU